AUGCUAAGACUGAUUUCUCGGAAUUUUUCUGCCAAAGCUAAUCUGUUAUCAAUCACAUCUCAGGCUACCAGUAAGCUCAAAGAACUAAUGGAAAAACAGCCAAAAGACGUUAUUGGGCUCAAAAUAGGAGUCAAAAAGAGAGGAUGCAAUGGAAUGAGCUAUACAAUGGAAUAUGCUAAAUCCUCCAUUAAAAGAAAGCAAAAUCAUUGGUUUUUUAAUUUAUUUAUAUUAUAAUUAAUAAAUGUUAUAAUAGCUUGGAUUUUAAAAAAAAAAAAUUAUAAAUUAAAAUUAGAAUUUUCUUUUAAAAUUUUGAUAGCUUAAAUAGAAAAUAUAUUUUAUAUAUAUAUUUUAAGAGAGAGUAAGCAAAAAAACAAAUUAGACGAAAUGGUUGAAAUUGACGGGAUUAAAGUAAUUAUUGAUGCAAGGGCUGUUAUGUUUAUUCUUGGCACAACUAUGGACUACAUAAACACAACGACAAGAGAAGAAUUCACAUUUGAAAACCCUAAUGCAAAAAGCAAAUGUGGGUGUGGAGAAAGCUUCAAUGUUUAG